UUUGUCUUUCAUGUAACUUGCACAUCAGUAAUCAACAAAGUUAACAUUAUACCGGACUUGAGUCCAUAUGAUGUAAAUUUGAUCUAUAAAAAAUGGGAAACUCUGGUAGUGCUAAUCACAUUAAUAAUGAAAGAUCAGGUAUAGAUCGAAAUGAGCAUUUUCAAACACGAUUUCAACAUCAAAGCCAGAACUCACGCCGUCAGUUUGAAUGGAGUAGAUCUGUGUUGAGAUCUAUUCCAAGUAGCCCUCAACGUAGCUUAACCACAGAAUGGAGAAGAUCGUACCCAUCUGCAAUUUUAAAAAAAGAAUCAAACGCCCCAAUAGAAACCGCAUUAAAGGUGUUACCGGAUGUGGAUAAGCGGCUGCAUCUUCGAGCUACAACGAAUGGCGCAAUAUUGAAUUCCGGAGGAACGAUAAGUGGCAGAAAGCAGAAUGAAACACAAGCCCAAAAUAUAUCCAACCUACUCAGUCAACAAUCCGAGCCAUUAAUUCUCGAAACCGUCCACGAUCGGCACCCAGGCUCAAGUAGAAAAAUAGAUACAAAGCCGGAAUUCACACGAUCUCAAACAUUACUUCAUGUAAAAACUAAACAAAACGAUUCUAGCUCAAACAUCAAUAAUUCAAAUCUAUCCCGAAUGCAGAGGCACACAUAUUCGGAGCCUGAACUCAUAAAUAGUCUUAAUCAACAAUCCACAGUCACAACAAACAUGCCUGAGUUGCCAUUAAGGCCGAAUAAUCGGAACAAGUAUUCGAAAAAGAGGAGAGCUCCCGAAGCACCACAAGCAGCUACAGCAGGUAUACCAUUUGUAAAAAACGAUAUGGAGAUCGUACGAAAUGCGAAUAGUUCAAAAUCCACACAUUACACAAAAAACGCAGAUCGUAGGCUUAGUAAACAACAAACGAGCUUAAUGCCGACACAAACUGAAUCUUUAAAAAGGGACCAUGUGAUUCGUAAAAGUGUUAAUGAAAAGAACUGUCAACGCAAUUCGCCUGAAUGUUCCAAAUUCACCUUUCGGCGGGAAAAGAGCUCGGAUGCUAUUAUGUUAAGAAGUCAAAGACCGAGUCAACCUGAAAUCAAGACUCCACUGAUCAGCAAUGCAAAUGAUUAUCAAACGGAUAACAAUCAGAUUUUAAAUAGUAAAUUAUCACAUAAGAUUGUAGCUCAAAAAGAAAAUUUGGAUAAAGGAAUUAUUUCAGGUCAGGAAAAUAAAUGCCAACGUACAUUUUAUUUUGGCAUGGAAACUGAUGCAGUUGAUAUUCACCCUAUUAAUGUUGCUGAGGAAAAACUGACAAGUGACAGAGUUUCCAACUAUGACACUGAUUAUAGGGACAACUCCUGUCUGGAAGAGAAUUUAAAUGAUAAUGGACUAUUUGUCCGUAUUCGACCUACUUUACCGCGUCGACAGGCGGAUACACCCACGUUUAGUCCAACGCUAGCUUGGCGAUCCCUGGUGGAACAACAAGAGCACAUAGAUAAAUCAAAAAUAAUAAAUACUCUAAAUAGUUGGAAGCCUACAACCAGUGAGUCGCCCAUACAGCUUAAUCAAACUGCUCAAAUGAAACAGAUCGCGAAGCCGAACUACUUACUUACAAAUUGGACUCCUGAACAAGAUCUUGUCGACGAGAAUGAUGAUAAAAUCAAAGGCCUCAUUACGGGAGACGAUUCAAGCUCGGAUGAAUAUCGGUCCAAGUGUGAAGGAGACAGUUUGCUAUUUUAUGGUGGCAAGACGAAUAAUGUAGAAAGUUCUAUCCACACAUUUAGUCUCUCGCUUCCUAGAGAUAGUCAUACACAACAUACUCGUCACAGUGGGAACGCAGGCAACGUGUGUAACUUCAAGAGCCUUCAGAAGUCGAAGACAGAAAAUUAUUUAAAUACUGUAACCGGUCAAUCCUCCAAUUUCCAAAGAAACUCAACUUUGCAUGCACAGCAAGAAAAUAUUUCUAUGACCAAUUUAGAAUGCUCCAAUAAUUGGAUGCUUCAUAAAAACGUGAGUGGUACGGAGCCUUACACGAAAAGCUUGGAGCAUGGAAGUAAAAGGCAGAGACUUGUUCCAUUGGAGCCACAAUCGAUUAAAUUCUUAACUGGAGGGAAACAUGUGAUGUAUCUGCCAGGUAGCAAUGACCAAACAAAUUCAUUGAAAGCUUAUCAGGCUGAGCCCCAAGUCCGUCUGCAAGAACCUAAAUCAAAUAGCUACUUCAAAAACCGACAGCGACAUGUACCGCAAAGUUUACAAGACAAAACUCCAAUUUUCCCAACACAGCCUAUGAAUGAGGGUUUGAAAUUGGAAGAUGAUAAACCAUUUCACCAGCGUUUCUCGUUCAAUAAUCCCGUUCGUUUAUUAGAGAAAAAGUUACAUGUAGACAAAUCUGUAAAAUCCUCAAAACUGAAAAUGUCACUCGAUGGCCAACUUGAAGCGCUAAAAAAAGUAGAGGAAGACUUUCAACGGAAUCGAGCUAAUGAGAAGGAGAACAUACAGCAUCAGUUGAGGCUGUAUUUUGGUACAGGUGAUGAACAGUACCACAGCUUACCGAUUGCACCUGUGCUCGAUCUAUUUUCAUCUAUCAAUCUCAAUGAUACAAGCAAUAAAUUAUUUAGCCGUGAUGAUCCCGAAGGCUGCGUAUCCAUAGUACCUUUUGCUGACCAUGACAUUAGAGAUAAAAAAAUUACCAUUAGUUCUACACAUAUAGUUUAA